AUGGGAGACCAGACCACCUAUGUCAAUGCAGGUGCUGUAGUGUCCCACGUGUUCCUGUCUCUGGGUGCGUUUGAGGUGUGUGUGUUGGCUGAGAACAAAGUGGGGAGUGUGAGCCACUGUGUCCCCGUCUCUGUGCUGCACCGGAUGCAAUCUGUGAGUAUCCACACAGAGAAGCAGGCGUAUGCCACAAAUACUGAUAUAACAUUCCGGGCCCGGACAGAAGAACCGGACCCUGUGGAAUUCCUCUGGCACUUUGGAGAUUCCCGACCACUUCGGACCACGUCGCGCUCCUUAAAAAAGACAUACCACACACCUGACAGGUACAGUGUGGUGGUGGUAGCCUCCAACGGGCUGAGCUCCUUCACCUCCGAGGUGCAUCCUGUCCUGGUCCAGAGAGCUGUGCGCCCUAACAGAUUGCUCCUCCAGCCAUCUGUGGUUCUGAACCACACCGCCAGCUUCACCUGUAGGGUCAACUCUGGAACCAACCUUUCCUACUCCUGGAGCUUUGGAGACGGAACCUCCAGGACGGGAGGGAACACAGAACAGCAUGUAUUCCACAGGACAGGAGAGUUCACGGUUGAGGUGACCGUGUCUAACCUGGUCAGCUCUGCCUCCCUGACCGCACAGAUGUUUGUGGUCGACCGCCCCUGUAAACCUCCAGCUGUUAAAAACAUGGGACCGCUCAAGAUACAGGCACGGAGGUAUGAGCCAGUGGGUCUGGGGGUGACGUAUGAGGCAGAGGUCCAGUGUGAUGUGUUCCAGGGUCUGGAGUACAACUGGUCUUUGUAUAACUCUACAGGCCUGCCUGUACCUCUACCUCCUGUUCACACAGACAGACAGAGCAUCACCCUACCCAGCCACUUCCUACACUAUGGUAUCUACACCGCUAUAGCCAAGGUCCAGAUCGUUGGCAGUGUGGUGUACAGUAAUUACAGUGUAUGUGUGGAGGUGGUGCCCAGUCCUCUGGUCUCCUUCAUCCAUGGAGGCACCAACGUGUUCCUCAGCAGCAGAAACAGCAGCAUUAUCUCCCUAAACGGACAACUCUCCUAUGACCCCGACUACCCCAUGAACCACCUCAGCUAUAGCUGGACCUGUAAGCCAAUCAGUGCCAUCGACAGCUCCUGUUUCGACCAAUAUGUGCCCACCUCCUUCUCUGUGAUCGUGUUUCCAGUGGGGUUCCUGAAACGGGACUUUGACCAGUUCAGGUUCAUGCUCACGGUCCAGAGUGGAGAACGCUCAUCUACAGCUGACACCUUCAUCACGGUCACACCCAGUCUGCUCAGGAGAGUGUCAGUGUAUUGUUACCAGUGCCAGGGGGACGUAGUGAACUGGGACCAGUCGUUCUCAGUCAGAGCAGUGUGUGAUAGCUGUGGCCCCUCCCCCAGAACCAUCAGCUACACCUGGACUCUCUACCUGGUCAACUCCUCCAGUAAGGUGGACACAGACGUCCCCUUCUGCCACAGUGUGGAUCUGAGUAUUCCCUCCAACAUCAUUAGUGGCCCUACCUUUCCCCUGCCUCCAGCCCUGACUCUCACCCCUCCAUCAUCACCCCCACACACACCCUCAACCACAGCCAGCGUGAUGUCCUCAUCCACAGAGAUAUCCUCAAAUAUGACAUCAAUCCCAGCCAGCUUGGUGACCGGUCUGAUGUCAUCAAACGUGACCAGCCAUACUGAGAUACAAACUACGACCCCCACAACUCCCGACCCAGUCCCCCUGCCUCCCUUCACCCCGUUGCCCCCCUUCCCCCUCUAUUCUCCAUCACCUGGUGGUCGCCCCUGGAAACAGAGGUCACAGGGUUCAGUAGAACUUCAGAGAAUCAAUAGCGCAGCUGGGAACAACCAAACACCAAACUACAGCCCUCCAUUUCUCUCUUUACCAAACCACAGUGUUUUGGCCAACCCUUCACCAAACUCCUCCCCCGAGCCCAUCUCUGUUCCAAUCAGCUUCACUCCUGAUACACCUGAGCCAGACUUGGGAGGGUUUGACCCCAGUGGGCCCCCUUACCUCAUCUCAGAGUCCCCUGUAGUUACCUUAGACGAUGGCAGCAUCCUUUACUCUGCCCCCCUCGGCCAGAGUGACAUCAUCGAGGAAUUCCCCAUUGAUCCCGAUUUUCCCAAUGACUACGACUUCCCUUUCCCCGUCCUGGAGAGUGGAGAUGUGAGUGGACGUCCUGUUGAGGGCUCCUUUCCUGGACAGUCAGUCAGUGGUGGAGCGUUAGGACCCUUCCCCGGAUCAGAUUAUAAUGUUCCCUUCCUGGGGAUAGAGGAGGGAGACCCGGGAGCGUCAGUGGGCAGACCAACAGGUGUGGGUGGUGGGAGCUUCGAGAGCUCACAGGGUGACUCUGCUCCUGCUGUCCCAGGAUCAGCUGAGGAUGAGGGGAGUAACCUGAUGGACUCCAGCCCCUCCCUGGUGGUCCUUGACCCCACACUACUAGACCUGCCCAGAGAACUGUUAGAACAGGAGCUGUUUGAGUCCUACACAUACACAGGAAUCUCCUCUGCUCUCAUCACGUUCAGACCUUUCACUCUGCGAGCAGGAAGCAGAUACAUGUUGGAGGUCACAGCUAACUCCCACGAUGCAGUACUGGGGCGGACUCAGCUGUUCCUGUCCACUAGCCCCAGCCCCCAAGGGAUAACCUGUCAGGUGCAGCCUAGCAGUGGCUUCGAGAUACACACACACUUCAGCAUCUUCUGCACCUCUGGGAAAGAGGACCUGCUGUAUGAGUACAGUUUCAGUAUAGGAAACAGCCCUCCUAAGACCCUGUACCAAGGAAGAGACUUUCAGUACUUCUUCAACCUGCCAUCUGGAGACCCUCAGGAUGACUAUAAAGUCACUAUCUAUACAGAGGUCCGGAACAGGUUUGGAGCAGCAACUGCACCUUGUCCUGUAACCGUCACAGUCCACCCCAGCUUCAUCAGGAACACCUCCUCUAACUACAACCCUGAUAUGGAACUUUUUGAGUCAGGUUUGAGGAACCUGUCUGAUCUGGUCCAGUUGGGGAACAGUGUCGAGAUCCGUAACUACAUCAUCCUCCUGUCCAGCGUCCUCAACAGACUCAGCCAGGACCCCACAGCCAACACACACACUCAGACACACACACGCACCGCACUCAUCAACGCUGUUUGUCAGCUCGACAUCAAUGACCAGCGGUCCAUGACAGACAACAUCUACAUGCUCAAAGACCUGAUGCACCUCACCCACCAGGUAUCGUUAGCCAGUGCCAGUGUGGUGGUGGGUCAAGUCCAGUCCAUCUCAGACCUGUUCCACCAGCCCAGUGUUCCUGUUCCCUACCUAUUGGACAGCUGGACCCUCAACACUCUGGUCACACUGCUGUCAUACAGCCUGCAGGCCACCCCCACUACUAAUGAUGUCAGGCAAGACCAGGCCACUGCUGAUGAUGUCAUACAGGCCAUGCCUACCCUCAAAGAACAGGCCAUACAACUCACGACUGACAGUCUGCAGACUACUGAUCAAUUACUACUGAAAUACAUCCUGUUCAAUAAGGUCGAGCAGCACAACGUGACCACCAGUGUCAUGGACCAACAGACCACUCACCACGACCGUGGUCUAACCACAGUCAUCAGCUCUGGCUCGGCCACCUUCUACCUGCCUGACUCCCUGGACCUGGUCCUGUACGGUCGUAGGAGGAGAGAAACCGAAGAUGGAACACAGAGUCUCUGUGUCCUCAGCCAGCUGACCACGUUCACGCACAACCUCUACUUCUGGACCAAGACACCUGUACUGCUGAGUGGGCCAGUGAUUGACCUGACUCUGUACAACUGCAGCACAAGGAGAGAGAUUCCAGUACGUUCGCUCUCCCAACCAAUCAACAUCGAGUUCCCCAAAACACCUAGAAAUGUAAGUUCUUUAUCGGAGUUCACUCUCCUGCGUAGCCAGGUGAACUACCACGGUUUGAACAUUACCCAGCAGGCCUUGCAGGAGGCCAUACUGGUCAGUGUGGAAUUCACGCGGCCCCCCAACAAGACCUUUCCCAUCAUGCUCCUCUUCAGGAUGUUUGAGAGGCCGACCCCCAGCUUGUAUCACAUCCACAGCAUCUAUCACUGGGACGGAAACACCACUUACAUGACCCUGCCUCCAUCAUACCUCACUGCUGCAGGGACAGGCUACCUGGCUCUACUCAAUGCUGACUACAAAAAGACCCCCAGACACAAGUACAUGAGCAGACAAGUGAACUACACAUUGAGACUGGAGACCAGCCAGUGUCUGUCCUGGGACCACCAGGAGGGCUGGACACACACCAGCUGCACACCUCAACUAGGACUGACCUCACACACCAGGGUCAACUGCAGACGUGUGUGUUCCAGCUGUAGCCACUUGAGCCCAUUGACCGUGGUCCAGCAGCAGAUCCAGAGCAGCCAUGAUGACUCAGCAGAUCUGGCCCAGUUCAUCAGUCUCCCCAGUGAUGUGACGGUGGUGUGUGUGUGUGUGGUGUGUGUGUGUCUGUAUGCUCUGGGCAUGGUGGUGUGUAAGAGAGCUGACCUCAUCUCGGAGAGGAACCAGGGAGUCUACUACCUGUCUGAUAACGCUCCUUCAGACACACACCUCUACUCUGUUACUAUACACACCGGCCUCCGCUCCUCACCCAGUAUGACCGCCAAGGUCCAUAUUGUGCUGUAUGGGGAGGAUGGGGUGUCACAGACCAGACAACUACAUGACCCAGAAUGCCUUCUGUUCAGAAGGAACUCCAGGAACACCUUUAUACUGAGUACUGUAGACAGUCUAGGCCCUCUGUGGGGGCUGCACCUGUGGCAUGAUAACACUGGCCCCUCCCCCACCUGGUACCUCAGACAGGUGGAGGUGUGUGAGGUGAAGGGCAAGGGGCGGAGCUGGCUGUUCCUAGGCCAGUGCUGGUUGGCUGUUGAUGAGGGUGACAGACAGGUGGAGAGGAGACUCAGGGUCUGUGAUCAGGGGCCAGGAUUCACCAAGCUGCUGUAUCUGAAGCUGUCAGAGUACCUGUCAGACUUCCACCUGUGGUUGUCUGUGUACAGUGGUCCCUCCCCUAGCGUGUUCACUCACACACAGCGCCUCAGUGUGUGUUUGCUGCUGCUGCUGGGGUACAUGUGUGUCAACACGUUACUCAUAUCUGGCCUCAAUGACCAAUACACCUCAGAGCUGGGCAUCAUCGACGUGUCUACCGUUUCCCUAACGACGGGGUUGCUCAGUGCGCUGGCUGUGUUGCCCGUAGCGUCCGCGCUGUCCUUCCUGUUCCGUCAGCGUGAGGUCAGAGUAAAGAGGUCAGAGGUCAAACAGGACAUGGUCAGACUGCCAGACAUCUACUCUAUAGAAGCUGAUGCGCUGAUUGUGAGUGACUGUGGGUUUGACUCUCUCUCCUGGAACAAUCUGCAGCAGUGUGCACAGGAGGCCUGGAGGAAGAAAUAUGAGUUUGACCUCUUAGAUAUUAUAUUUGUUUACUUAAUAUUAGGUAUCAUGUUCCUCUCUCUAUCUCUCAUGUCUCAGGGCUCAGUGCCGAAUAGGGAUCUGGUAACUCAAAGAGGAGAUCUGGUAAUACGGGGCAGUCAGGAUCUGGUAAGGGAUCUGCUGACCCAGGAGAAAGUCUCCUCAGAUUGCAACUCCAGUGGUUUUGACAGCUUGCUUGGCAGGUUGCUAGGCAACCGUGUCCCAGACAACAACAGCAUUAGCAAGGAGAGGGAUCGUAACCUCAACGAUAGCUCCAAACUGCUAGGCAGCAACCAGGUGGGCAACAGUACCAGCAGAUGCUUAGGGGGCAGGCUCAGCCCUCUACCCCGCUGGAGUCACCUCCUAGCCUGGGUACUGUGUUUGGCCCUGGGCCUCUCCUCUCUAGUGGUCACUAUCGUCUUGGGGAUCAGGUUCAGCAGCAGUAAGACUUUACUGUGGAGCCAUUCUGUCUUCUUUUCCCUGCUCUCCUGUGUCUUCCUCAUUCAGCCAGCCGUGAUCCUUGCCGUGGCUGUGGUGGUCUCCUUCUGGCGCAGGAAGCGUCAGGACUUCUCAAGUUUCUCAGGAGUUCCUGGGUUUCAGGCAGAAACUCUGAAACUGUGGACCCAAGAUGGCUCCUGUGUCCCAGAGCUCUUCCUGCUCAGCCCUCCUCAUCCGCCCCAGGAGAGAUGCUCUCACUUUGACAGGGUGCUGGCGGCCCGUCAGAGGGCUCGGUAUCUGCGUCUGGUACGCCCACCCACUUCUGGGGAGCUGAGGAGGACAGGGGGGAGGAAGAGGAGAGAAACACUCAUUCGCAAAACACUCAGGGAGAUGGCAGUGUGCGUCUCCAUGCUGUUCCUCCUACUGUGUGUAACCUAUGGCAGCUCCUUUAGAGACCAGUAUCACCUCAACCAUGCCGUCCGAACACAGUUCACCAGGAGCCCACAUAACCCCUUCCUGUCCAUCCAAACGCAUGAGGAGUGGUGGAACUGGACCUUAACCAGUGUACUGCAUGGUCUGGACUGGGACACCUGGUAUAACAACAUAUCAGCAACUGGGAAGGCAGGUGCUGUCCAGGGAACAUGUAUUCUGAUAGGAGAGCCCAUCUUGAGGAAGAUUGAUGUUUCCAACGCAUCCCAAUGCCAGGUGCCUCCUGUAAUGGCGACCUUGUUCCCAGAAUGCCUCACGGAAAGAGUCUCUGGGAUGGUGUUACCCAUGGAGGUCGGACUUCGUCUCUGCGGUCAACUCCAGUGUUACACAGGAACUGGGACCACAGUACGACUGGGUCUAACACGGUCAGAGUUUGUGUCCAGGCUAGAAUCCCUGAGGUCCGCUGGCUGGCUGGACAGACUAACGGUAGCCAUGGCAACCCAGUUCACCCUCUACAGCCCCCCCACCAACCUGUUCAACAGUGUGAACCUGAUGGCCGAGAGAUUACCUGGUGGAGCUUUGCACACCUCCGCCCGUGUCCAGUCAGCUAGGGUCUACCAUUCACCUACUGUAUGGGACUACUUCAGUAUGGCAUGUCAGCUCCUUUUCCUCCUCGUCUCUCUGGUCCAGCUCGUCCUGCAGAUCUGUUCUGCUGGAGAGAAAGGCAUGCUGGGAUACUUGAGAGACCCCCAGAGUUGGCUCCAGGCUAGUAUACUCCUGGUAACCCUGGUGUACUACAUCUACUACAUCUAUCAGUCCAUUCUGACUCUGGAGGUCGUUGACCUGCUGCAGCGACACGACUUCAGGAUGCAUGUGGAUGUCAGCUUACUGUCUACCUGGGAACAGCACACCCAUACACUGCGUGGCAUACUGCUCUUCCUCCUGGUGGUGCGGUGUAUGUGUUUGUCGGGGGUUAACAGAACCAUGGCCGCCUCAGUGACUCUACUCAGACUUGCCUUCUCCAGACUUCUCUGGCCAAUGCUGUCAGGAGUUGUCCUGUUGGUGGCUCUGUCCUCUGUGGGAAACCUGCUGCUCCUGAGGAGGUCCUGGGGGUCCAGCUCCCUACCCCACUCCGUCUUCACACUCCUGUCUCUCUCCAGGGGCCAACUGGGCUCCCGGGCCCCCUCCCUGCCCGUGGCCUCUCAGCCCCACCAGCUCCACAGCCCCAACAGCCUGUCUUUGUCUUUCUACCAUGGAGCUCUCUGUCUCACCCUCACUGUGGCCUCGACAGCAGUGUUGACUGGAAUCGUCUCCUCGUUAGUGAGAGCUGCUAAACUAGCUGGUAGGAGGAGGUGCCUACUGACUCUCUGUGACGUGGUUGGCUACGUCAGGGGUCGGGCAGCUGUGCUCAUUGGCCAACGCAGACAGAGAUGGACAGAUAGCCAUGCCCACAGGAGAAGUUUUUACCUGGAGGAAUUUGAGAGCCUGGUGGAUGAGCUGCAGUUUAGACUAAAUGCCUUCUCUAACAGUCUGCACCACACCCUACAUCCUAAAGAUAUCUUCUCCCCCACCCAGAGCCCCUCCAGCCUGGCCUCACAGCGCUCUGCUGCCAGUGAAACAGCACACGUGACUGAAGAAACACUUCUCAAUGAUCCCCCUGACAUCACCAACCUCCCACUGACCUCCAGGGAACACUCACCUGACGCACACCACUACAGGUCUCAGCUCGAGUUGGAGACCCUCCACCAUCUGCAGCAGUCAGGCCAGAGGAGGCAGACCCCAGCCCCAGCUGGGGGACUCUCAAGUAGGAUUGGGCCAUCCGUCAGUCCCCUGCAUAGUGGAGCACCAGGGUGGAUCUCCCGAGAGCACCCAUCAGACAGAAACCUCCAGAUCUCCACCUCCAUAGGGGGGCCAAGCUACCUCUCCUCCCCAGAUUUGGUGCACCUAGCUGAGGCUCGGACAUGGGACAACAUGCCUCAGAUCCAGAGCCUAACAGGCUGGAUAGAUAAUCAGCUGGUUAAGACUGUGGUUCUGGAGAAUCAGAUCAGCCACUGGACCACUGUCGGCCGGUCUGGUAAGAAGAGCCACAGAAGUCCCAGAAACACCCAAUGGGCUACAGUAGAGGGGCCCAGCUCCAGAUAUACCACUGCUUCUGGGGUGAUGGAGGGCCAUGGAGGGCCACACAUUGCUGUGGUGGAGGUUAUGGUCCAUGGGAGCCCGGAGACUGAGCCAGAAGAGGAGGGAUUCCUAGGGACAGUCAGACAGUGCUGGGGUUGACACUGUAUGUCGAGUCUAAUGAAUGAAUGAAUGAAAAAUGAAUUAUCUUCAUCAAUAUGCUAUUCAAUAGGGAUAUUGUGAAAAAAUUAUGUUUAUAUACUCUGUGUGGAGGGAAUCAGGCUUAAUUACAAGUAUUCAGUAGGCCACUGCUUGUGUCACCAUGUCUAUUUUCAAAAACAUUAAAUAAACAAUCUGCCCUGGUUGUAAAAAAAAUAAAUAAAUGGUGUGUAAAAUAAAUUCUCAAAUAAAUGGUGUGCAGGAUAGGGUGAGGGGAGGGCACACUGUUUCUUGAAAGAAUGAACAUUACAACAUGGCUAAUAUGUUUACAGGACAGUUGCAUUGUUGCAGCAAUCCAGAGACGUCCUUGCACAAU